AUGCGCACGGCUGUGAACUUCUCUCAGCUCUCCGCGACUCAGAAUCCCAGACUGAGGCACAGGAACCCCGAGUCACUGACGCUACCGCGAUUCCCGCCUAGACACUGCGCAUGCGCAUACCGACCACAGCGAGCAUCCCUCAUCUAUCACCAACCUGGACGUCCGAUUUUCCAGAAACACACCUUAUAGGCUGUGCCGGGUUCUGUGAUUGAAUCAGGGGUUUCUGUGACCAUUUGGUGUGAGGGGACCAUGGAAACCCAAAUAUAUUUUUUGUAUAAAGAAGGAAGCCCAGCAUCCUGGGACAGACAAACUCCAAAGCAGCCUGUUAACGAGGCCAUGUUCUUCACUGCAUCCAUGGGAAAGCAUAAUGUCGAACAACAUUGUCGAUACUGUUACAAUUCUGAUAGGUGGUCACAGCACAGUGACACACUGGAGCUGGUGAUGACAGGUGUCUACCAUGGCAAGCCUAUUCUUUCAGCCUUUCCCAGUCCUGUGGUGACCUCAAGUGGGAAUGUGACCUUCCAUUGUGUCUCCUCAAAAAAAUAUGAUUGGUUCAUUCUGACUGGGAAAGAUUUGAAGUUCCCCAGGUCCCAGAAGGCACAGUUUAUAUACACCGACAAGUCCAAGGCUAUGUUAUCUGAGAUCUCUAUGGCAUCUAGCCAUAAGGGGCCCUUUAGAUGUUAUGGAUACAAUGCAAAUACUCCACAUGUGUGGUUAGAGAUCAGUAAUCCUCUGGAGAUACAUGUUUCAGGGUUAUCAAGGAAGCCCUUCCUGCUGAACAAGCAAGGCCCUCUUCUGGCCCCUGGAGGGAACUCAACACUCCUGUGUUCCUCUGAGAUCAGUUACAACAGAUUUGCUCUAUCCAAAAAUGGGAGAAUUGACUUUCCACAGCUCUCUGUCAGUCAGUCACACACUGGACAGUGUCAUGCCAAUUUUUCCUUAGGCUCUGUGGAUUUCUCUAUUUCUGGACAAUAUAGUUGCCAUGCAGCCUUGUAUACACAGGAUCCUCAGACAGUGGAGAAUCUCAUUAGGAUUGUUAUGGCUGGCUUGGUCCUUGUGGCCCCUUGAAUUCUGUUGUUUGAGGCUUAUCACAGCUGGAGAAAGAUUCAACAUGAAGAUACAAGACUAGUGCCUAGCCCAGUCAUCAUCACUGAGGCUUCCUCCAGUAAUGGAUAA